AUCAACACUGGAGAAGAUGGUCCAGUUGUGUUCAAGUGGAAGAAACAAAGAAAAAAGUAAUUACGAGGCAUGACUAAGUCUAGCGCAGAGGGAGAUUCAAAAAAAUGGCGGCAACUUCUCAAAGCAAUGCAAUCACUUUGAAAGGAAGUACGGAGAUGGUAGCUGAGUUUUUUGGUUAUGGAAUAAACAGUAUUUUAUAUCAACGAGGUAUUUAUCCUCCUGAAAACUUUAAACGCGAACAUAAGUAUGGUCUCACUUUGCUUGUGACUGAUGAAGAGGAACUUAAAGGAUAUAUCAGUAAUGUUUUGAAACAAGUGAAAGAUUGGUUGCUUCAGAAAACAGUGAAGAAGUUAGUUAUUGUGAUCUUAAAUAUUGAUACACAUGAGCCAUUGGAGAGAUGGCAGUUUGACGUCGAAUGUGAUAAGAGUGUAGUGGAAACAAGUAAACCCAAGGAAAAAUCAGUGAAAGAUAUCCAAAAUGAAAUAAGAGAUGUGAUUAGACAAAUCACAGCUACUGUCACAUUUCUGCCUCUUCUUGACGCCCCAUGUGCAUUUGAUAUCCUAAUAUACACCGACAAAGACCAAGAUAUACCAGAGAAAUGGGAGGAAUCUGGCCCACAAUUUAUUGCAAACUCUCAAGAAGUUCGCUUGCGCUCAUUUUCCACAUUGAUACAUAAGGUUGAUGCAAUGGUUGCUUACAAGAAUUAGAUCAUAUUCUAAAGAAAGAUUGAAGAAAUUGCAUAAUUCCAAUAAGGAUCUGUGACUGUCCAGACUCUCUGUCAGGUUCUCUCAGGCUUUCGUCCUAAAGGGGUAUCCAUCAACUGGAUAGUGAAACAUAUUGUGAAACUUUUUAUUCUCAUCAAUAUUAUGAACUGUAUAUUUUAUCAGACAAUGUAAAUGUAGGAAUAAUCGUAAUUGUAGCUAUAGAAUCUUGUAUGAUUGUGUGUAUCUCUACAAUGACAUCAAACAG